AACGGCAUGAAGAAGAGCCACAUCUGUCACAUAGAGGGUUGUGGUAAAAUUUAUGGCAAGACAUCACAUCUUCGGGCACACCUGAGGUGGCACAUGGGUGAACGACCAUUCACGUGUAACUGGAUCUACUGUGGUAAGAAGUUCACGAGGUCUGAUGAACUGCAGAGGCAUAAGAGGACUCAUACAGGUGAGAAGAAGUUUCUAUGUCAGCAGUGUGAUAAGAGAUUCAUGCGUAGUGACCAUCUGGCCAAGCACAUGAAGACCCACAAG